CAGGGGGUGCGUGCGGCUCGCGGCUAGAGCAGGUUCGUCACAGCCGCCGCGCACAGGGAGGGGCGCUGCCCGGAGCGCAGUGUCCCCUCAGGCCUCGCCGGGCGCGGCUGCUCCCCUUCCGCCCCCUCCCCGCUACCGCAGCAUUGGUAGCGCCCGGCUCCAGCUGACCGGCCUGGAAUCCCGGCUCCGAGCCCCGAACCCUCCACUCCCAGCGCCCCCCCCCGCCCCGGGCCCGCCGGAGACUCGGCCCCGCCAUGGGAGACGCCGGCAGCGAGCGCAGCAAGGCGCCCAGCCUGCCGCCCCGCUGCCCCUGCGGAUUCUGGGGGUCUAGCAAGACUAUGAAUCUCUGUUCCAAAUGCUUUGCUGAAAAAAGAAAUCCACACAAUGAAAAAGAGCUUGAGGACCAAAUGGAGAAGUUGGAAGAUUUCCAAAAGAAGCAGCCAGAUGAUGACUCCACCCCUAGCACAAGCAACAGCCAAUCAGACUUGUUCUCUGGAGAAAUAAACAGUGACAACAGCAAUACCUCUUUAACUACGCAGACUGUUAACUCCAACCAGCAACUUUCGACAGAAUUGAAUGUAACUUCACUGAGUAAAGAGGAAUGUGGGCCAUGCACAGGUACACCUCAUGUCUCCUUAACCACGCCAACCAAAAGAUCCUGUGACUCUGCCAUCAAAGAUCAAGAUUUUUCUGCCCCAUUUAGAUGUGAAGGUGCUUCUAAACAAGAAAAUUCACAGUCAGAGAGCGAGGCUUCUCCUGUGAAACGGCCACGACUAUUGGAGGACAGUAAUGACAGGCCUGAGGAAACCAGUCGAUCCAAACAGAAGAGCAGACGUAGGUGCUUCCAGUGCCAAACAAAACUGGAGCUAGUACAGCAGGAACUGGGAUCAUGCCGCUGUGGUUACGUGUUCUGUAUGUUACAUCGCCUGCCUGAACAACAUGACUGCACAUUUGACCACAUGGGACGUGGGCGCGAAGAAGCCAUUAUGAAAAUGGUGAAACUGGACCGGAAAGUAGGGAGAUCAUGCCAGCGCAUCGGCGAAGGGUGUUCCUGAGUGCAAGACUCUGCAACCAAAUGCUGUUCUUAGUUCACUAAUGUUAGCCUUAUUUAGGACAAAGUCAGCCAGACACCUUGUACUGGGCAAGUUUCAGACUACAGCCAAUCAGUUUCCUUUCUUUAGCCAACCGUCCUGGUACUGUAGUUUAGGGAUUGAUGGUGGUUGAAAUUGAUUUUUGGCUGGUUAUGAAGGUGCCUGCUAGCCAAUGUAUAAAAUUAAAACAUGAAGAGAAAAAUAUUUCGAGCAUGGCUAGUGGAUUUAAAACACAACAAAACAAAAAAUCCAGAGGUUUCUAUUGUUGCUGGAGUCUAAAAGCCUUAUGCUGGAAACCUUCCAGCUACAGAGUUAAAAUAGAAGCCGGUGUGAAAGUUUGUUAUGCACACGGCUUUCAGACAAACUGUGUUUAAUGUGCAGCCUUUCACCUCUUCAUUUCUAGCUAAUCCUGAAGAAGUGAAACUCCACUAAGAGCAGUCAUGGUAGCCGCGAUGCCCAGAGGACCUGACUUGUCACCCGUGCCUUCUUCACGCGUGGCUUUUGAGGUUAGGCAAUGUCACCAGCAUCAGGGAUUCUGUUGGGGAGGGAACAUCUUUCUGGUUCUUCCCAGGAAGCCAAAAAGAAAGGAGGGCAGAUUCUUACAAAAACAUUUAUAUCUAACUUGCUGCAGAGAACCUGUUUUUCUUCAUUUAAAUUAGUGAUCUCGCUUCAAAGCUGGAUCCAUCUUAGAGCAGUAAACAGCAUACAUUCUCUACAUGGCAUCCACAGAAUUUCUAAACGUUGUCUGACUAGAUUCCACAUUUGUUUUGUUUGCUGACCAGUGCUGCCAUUCCCACCAGCCGAAAUCUGAUUGGCUCUGGUUUGCAUUUUGCUAAGUGCAGGUAUCUGAUGAUUGAUCAAAUAAGGCUAAUUCACAGCACAGUAGCCAAGGCUGGAUUCUACAGACUGACUUUCUGUAGUAGACUUAUAUAUUGGGGUGGGGGGAGGACAUUUUGUAGCAAACGGAAUUCAGUAACAGUAUUGGGGAACAACCAGGAAAGCAUCCCUCAUCAGCUUGAGUUUUACUCCUCGCUUCCAGAGUGUUAACAAGAUAAUCAAAUGGGCUAUGUCAGCCUUGUUUCUAUGCAGCUCGAUGCUCUCAUGAAAAUCUCUGCCCGCAUAUAUUGCAAAGCAGGUGUAGCAAGUGAAUGUGAAAUGCAUUACAUGGAAUAGAACAUUUUGGAUCUGUGGUUUAGGCAUAUGUGCUCUUUCACCCGGAGCCACAUAGAACUGAACAUCACAGAUUUUAAAAAAGGAAAAAUCAGCAUGUGUCCUGCUACAGUUUUAUGCAGGUCAAGAAGAUUCAUGUUGAUUUGGCUCAGUCAUCCUAUAUGGAUAUGGUUCCCUGAUCAGAGUUAGGAAAGCAUUAACAAUCAGGUAGUUUAGUAGGAAAACUGGGAGGGGGGAGGAUUUUAUAUAGUUUUGAAAAAUUGGGCUUGUGGAAGACUUCCACGGGGCGAAAUAGCAUCUUGCCACGCCAAAAGAGAUGCGUGUGAGGGGGAGAGCUUAAAUAAGUCACCCUCUGUUCCGUAUGUGUGAAAGAUAAAUAAUUUCAUACAGGCCAAAUUAAUUAAUUUUUAGUUUGGUAGCCAGAUAAAAAUUGUCUCGUUAGAUGGUUCUCUUAAAAUACACUUGGCAUCAGACUGUAUUAGUGUGAAUUAACCAUGAAGUAAAUCAAAUGUUCCAAUGCAAGCUAUGUAACCCAGGCUAUUUAUUAUUCAUGAUUUUGGAAUCAGCAACGAAAUUUCCAGCUAUAUUUUUCAGGAGAUAGUCCCGCUCCAUCCUCGUGACAGGGCAGUCUGAGGAUAUUCUUAACAUUUGCCACGGAGAGUUUAAAAGCAUGGAUUUCAGCUGUUGCUGAGAUACGCACUUUCUUUUCCUUUAAAAUUCUAGCAUAGUCGUUGGUGGACAUUCUGAUUGACACACAACACAAGACUCAGCCGCAUUAAUACUGAUUCUAUUUGGCCCUCCUACUCCUCUCUUUAACCCUGUUAUAAAGGCACAGUUGGUUUGAAGUGGCUCUUAAGAGAACACUACUCAAAGUUCAUGUGGAUUAUGGGCAAUAUUCACUUUUUUAAAAAGUGGGGGGAGGGGUUGUUCCUUUGCAGUAUCUGUUCUGUGAAGUUUGUUAAACGUAAAGAAAGCUUAAGUUCUUGUAUCUUUAAAGAAAAUCUUAUUUAACCCUUUUGUGUUCUAGAUUUACUUACACAUGUAGCCUAGAGCUCAGUUUUAGUUUAACAUUGUGAAAAUAUUAAAAGAAUCUUGUAACUUUAUUCUUUUUCCUCCUGCUAAAACAAAAUUAAACCAAUCAGACUAAAAGUUUGAAUUCCUCUCUGACUAUUCCAGCAGGUCAUGUUGAUCUGCACUGUUUCUGCUGUUUAUGAAAUGUGAAUGGGGGAAACUUCAGCACUGGGCCAGUGAUUUCAAAUUGUGUUUAAAGUUGUUGGGGAAAGGGCAGUAUUUGCUGCCAGUCAUUGGAGCUAGCACUUCUGCAGAGUUCACGUUUAGUAAUUUCUUUUGUAAGCAAAUACAGUUAAAUCUACUGUAACCUCAUUAUUGGGAAAUAAAGUUUUGUGAGGUUAGUCACUUUUAGCAAACAAGUUUCUUUGCUCUUAAGUCCCAUGCAUAUGGUGCUGCACUGUUAUAGUGGUAUGAGAAGUACGGAAAUGUCCUCUAAAGUAAAUGUUUUUGACAGCUUCUUCACUUGCAGUAGCUGUACUCUGAAUGUAAAGUUCCAUAGUUAGGACAUGUUCGUAAUUGGUAAUUAGGCACUAAAGUUAAUAGAUUGGAUCUUGCAAUGACUAAAAUAUGGAACCAGUUGAGCAACAAUGGAAUGUGUUGAACAAAGAGGCAAAGUCAAACUGGUACUAUCAACGUUUAUUUUAAAUUCAGUUUGGAAUGAAAUUAUGCCUACAUCAUGGGACAUGUACCCCUAUUUUUCCCCUCAAAUGAACUAUACUUUCAAAGAU